AUGGUGCUUCUCAUUCAAGAGAGCAGUACCUGGUCUUACUACUUCUCUGGAGAAAACAUGACUUAUGAUGAGGCCAGCGCUUAUUGUCAGCAAAAAUAUACACAUCUGGUUGCCAUUCAAAAUAAAGAAGAGAUUGACUAUUUAAAUUCCAUAUUAGACUAUUCACCAAGUUAUUACUGGAUUGGAAUCAGAAAAGUUAACGAUGUGUGGAUCUGGGUAGGGACCCAAAAACCUCUCACCGAUGAAGCCAAGAACUGGGCUCCAGGUGAACCCAACAAUAAGCAAAACAAUGAAGACUGUGUGGAGAUCUACAUCAAGAGACCCAAGGAUACAGGCAUGUGGAAUGAUGAGAGAUGCAGCAAGAAGAAGCUUGCCUUGUGCUACACAGCUGCCUGUACCCAAGCAUCCUGCAGUGGCCAUGGUGAAUGUGUAGAGACCAUAAAUAAUUACACUUGUAAUUGCUACCCUGGCUUCAGUGGACACAUGUGUGAGCAGGUUGUGACCUGUGAAGCUCAGGUAAAACCUCAGCAUGGGAACCUGAGUUGUGUUCAUCCUUUGGGGACCUUCAGCUACAACUCUUCCUGUUCUGUUACCUGUGCAGAGGGCUACUUGCCGAGCAGCACAGAAACCACGUGGUGUACAUCUUCAGGACAGUGGAGUGCUCCCACUGCAACCUGCAAUGUGGUUGAAUGUGAUGCUAUUGGAAAGCCUACCAAUGGAGAUGUAAAAUGUUCUCCAAGCCAAGAAAGCUCCCCAUGGAACACAACCUGUGUAUUUGACUGUGAGGAAGGAUUUAAACUACAGGGAACCAGGAGCCUGCAGUGUACCUCAUCUGGGAGCUGGAAUGAUGAGAAGCCAACAUGUACAGCAAUAUUUUCUGAUUAUCCAUUGGAAGUCACAGCUUUCCAACGCAUAGGCUUGUUCAGCCUAAAGCAAGGCUACUUGAAUUGCCUUCCUAAUGCUUCUGGAAGUUUCCAACGUACAUCCAGCUGUGAAUUCACCUGUGAGCAGAUUGUAUUAGAGACCCAAAAGUUCCCAGUGGAACUAGGAGAGUAGGACAAUGAGAAGCCAACAUGUGAAGCUGUGAAAUGUGAUCCUAUAGAGACACUUGAGAAUGGCUUGGUGGGCUGUACUGGUCCCCACACUGGGAAAUUCACCUAUCAGUCCUCUUGCACUUUCAAGUGUAAGGAAGGCUUUGAAUUACAUGGGCCCACUCAACUCAAAUGCACGUCUCAAGGACAGUGGACACAGGAGCUGCCCUCCUGCCACGCAGUGCAAUGUCCAAGCCUGGAUAUUCUGGGAAAAAUCAACAUGAACUGCAGCAGAGAACCUGUGUUUGGAACUGUGUGCAAUUUUACAUGCCCUGAAGGAUGGACCCUUAAUGGCUCUUCAGUGUUGAUGUGUGAUGUCACGGGACACUGGUCUGGGGUGCUGCCUACCUGUGAAGCAGCCAGUGAGCCUGGUGUUGCCUUAGCAGUUGGACUUUCUGUUGGUGGAACCUCCUUCCUGACAUUAAGUUCAUUUCUUCUUUGGUUUCUGAAGUACUUUCGGAAAAAAGCAAAGAAAUUUGUUCCUGCCAGCUAUGCAGGCCUUGAAUCACAAGAAAACUGCCCAGUGCCUUCCAACCUCAUUUAA